CGAGGACCGAAGUUACGGUAGAGUCUGGUUUCCAGCUGUUACUUCUACUACACUCUCGCUAGAGGGCGCGAGCAUAUUCAUUUAUCGAUGAUGACGUUGACCAUGUGAUCACGUAACCAAGAUGGCGUCGGGGCAACAGUGGGUGUUAGUAGAGAUGGUACAAGCACUCUACGAGGCGCCUGCUUACCAUCUCAUCCUGGAGGGCAUCCUCAUCUUAUGGAUCGUCAGACUCCUGUUUUCAAAGACCUAUAAACUACAGGAGCGUUCUGACCUCACAGAAAAGGAAAAAGAGGACUUGAUUGAAGAAUGGCAACCAGAGCCCCUUGUCCCUCCUGUUUCCAAAGACCAUCCCUCCAUGAAUUAUGACAUUGUCUCUGGGCCACCAAGCCACAACAUUGUUGUGAAUGGGAAACAGUGCAUAAACUUUGCUUCUUUUAACUUCUUGGGUCUCCUUGACAAUGAGCGAGUAAAGCAAAAGGCUUUGGCUUCUCUCAAGAAAUAUGGUGUCGGUACCUGUGGCCCAAGAGGUUUCUAUGGAACAUUUGAUGUCCACUUGGAGUUAGAGGAUCGUUUGGCGAAAUUCAUGAGAACCGAGGAGGCCAUCAUCUACUCCUAUGGAUUUGCCACUAUAGCGAGCGCAAUACCUGCCUACUCCAAGAGAGGUGACAUAGUGUUUGUGGACGAAGCGGCAUGUUUCUCCAUACAAAAGGGUCUCCAAGCCUCACGCAGUUUCAUCAAGUACUUUAAACACAACGAUAUGGAGGAUCUGGAGAGGCUGCUCAAAGAGCAGGAGAUUGAGGAUCAGAAGAAUCCUCGGAAGGCCCGAGUGACCAGGAGGUUCGUGGUGGUGGAGGGACUGUAUAUAAACACUGCAGAUGUCUGUCCCCUUCCGGCCCUGGUGAAGUUGAAGUACAAGUACAAGGUCCGCAUCUUCCUGGAAGAGAGCAUGUCAUUCGGGGUGCUGGGAGAGCAUGGCCGCGGGGUCACUGAACAUUUUGGGGUCAACAUUGACGAUAUCGACCUUAUUAGUGCCAACAUGGAGAAUGCGGUGGCGUCCAUAGGUGGCUUCUGCUGUGGAAGGUCAUUUGUCAUUGACCAUCAGCGUCUGUCGGGUCAAGGAUACUGUUUCUCUGCUUCCCUUCCUCCCAUGCUGGCUGCCGCUGCCAUUGAGGCCCUGAACAUCAUGGAGGAAGACCCAGACAUUUUCUCUGUCCUGAGGGAGAAGUGUGAACAGGUCCACAAAGCACUGCAAGGAACUCCCGGUAUGAAGGUAUUAGGAGAGUCGUACGCCCCUGCCCUUCAUCUGCAACUGGAGAGCAGCUCUGGAUCCAGAGAAACUGAUGUGAGGAUGCUUCGCCGGAUCGUAGAUUACUGUCUGGAGAAACAGAUCGCACUCACGCUAGCUCGGUACUUGGACAAAGAGGAACGGUUUCUCCCUCCGCCUUCGAUCCGAGUGGUGGUUACCGUCGAGCAGACAAAAGAGGACAUUGACAGAGCUGCGUCCUGUAUCAGAGAAGCAGCUCUGUCUAUCCUCAAAUGAUCCCAGGCUGUUAACAAACCAGACCCGGAAUUCUCAGUUCUCAGAGUUGGCCGUCAUUCCCGGGAUUCACAGAGGGGGCCUGUCGGUGGCGUUGAUCGAGACGAAGGUCAGGGGCGGUCCAUCUAUGCACGUCCACGUGCACGUGCUUCCAUCCACAAACUCAAGGAGCCUACGAGGUGAAAGGCGGACAAGACCUUUCCAUAGUGGGGCUUGUUGUUUAACCAUGUCAUCCUUCUCGCAGCUACUUGUUUCUUUAACUUUGACCAUAUUGUUAUGUUUCCCCCUUUUCAUUGCGACUAGUUGCAGUACACUUUCACCUUCUCACCAGGAAAUUCAUGUAAAACGUGGGACUCGUCGUCAUCCAUUCGGGAGUGUUUGCUACGUUUGCCUAGUUUUUUAGCAAUUAACCAUCUGCCCUGGAUGUUGCAAGUCUUAUCUAAUCAACAAUAAAUAUUUAAAACCAAGAAAGAUUUAUAAUUUAAGUAAAAUGUUUUGAUACUGUAAUGUGAUACUUUUCUUUGUUUUUCAUGUAUUGCCAGAAAUGGAAGUACCUUUUUUCCAUUUUACUUUUAUGACUUUCAGUCUUUUGACCAAAGGUUAGAUUGUAUUUCCAAAAGGAAAGGUUUUAUAUUAUUGCACUGUUUUGUUGUAUAAAAUGCCACAAUUUAUGUUUGGUUCACUUAUAUAUAGAAGUAUAGAAAUUAAUACUUUAUAGAUAUUAAUACUUUAUUCCACAUGGUCAUUGAUUUUAAACCUUGCAAUAUUUUUAUCUCAUGACAUCAACUGACCCACUUGGCAUGGAUUUGUCUCCUUGCCAUGGCCCCAUGACAGUAUUUAUCAUUGGGGAUUUAAAAUAAAUAUAUUUUUAAACAUACUACAUUUGUUUGUUACUCACCUUCAGUAACUUACCUCCGUUUUUAAGUUUCACAGUUGUUCGUAAAUAUAUUUUUUCUGUUCAAUCCCAUUAAUGAUUGUUGUGUAGCAGUUGACAUUUGAAUGCACACACUGCAAUAUGUCAUUUUACGUAAAUUGAUAUUUUUUGUAACCUGCUGAUUUAAAACCAAUAUGAAUAUAUUUGCACUGUUGUAAAUGCGCAUCCACCUCAUUCACGUUGAGUUGUUGAUCGAGACGGUGAGGUGGAACUACUAAACAAGCGUCACAUUUUUGUACCAGAGACAUAUUCGAUGGUUCAUUUACAGAAACACCCAAUAUAUGCAGUAUAUUUUGUGCCUUUGUGUUGCUGCUAACUGCUAUGAAUUUUAAUGAUUUAAAAUUAAAUAAAUUGGGAAAUGGGUCACUUG